GAUGAUUUCAUGGCGCUCAACGUGUGGAAUGUGUUCACAUUUUUCCUGGAUGAUUUCCUCGAGAGUCAAACUACUAAACUGGAGUAUUGGGUGAGAAAAUGGGAACAAAACAUAACAGAUGGCCACUCGUCUGGCACAGACUUUUUGGAUCUACUUUGUAACGAAUUGCACGUCAGAAUGAGCAAGGUACUAUCGGAGAAAUUGAUUUCGAUGCAUAAAUCAUGGUACAUGAAAUAUCUGAGUUUCUACGCUGAAACUGAAAAGGUUAAAACUGGCGAUCGUAUGUACACAUUGGAUGAAUACGAUGCACUCAGGAUCGUCGACUGUGGCUAUAUCGUCAUGCAAGUGUUCCUAUACGGAUCGGCCAAGUUUGACCCUGAUGAAUAUCCCGAAAUUGUCACUGAUGACGCGUGGACCAUGUUCAACACGUGGGCGGCGCGACACUUUUACUACGUGAAUGAUUUGUACUCGAGCAAAAAGGAGAUCUUGUUGCACCAGGGCAAAUACACCCUGAUCUACAUCAUCAUGUGCAAUUACAAAUGCGACGCCCAGACAGCGGCUGAUAAAUUGGUGACCAUGAUUACCGGGGCGUGGACCAUGGUCAUUAAUGNUGUGUGGGUGCGAGUGCUGGCUAUUCUGGUGGUUGACCCCAUUCAGGCCUUACAUUUGACCACCAGUUCCCAUACACUUUCUAAUACCGGUGCUGAUAAAGAUCCGGAUCAACCAUUUCAGUUCGCAGAGUGUAUGGACUCACAUAACCUAACCUCUGUUGUGGACAAGAAUCGGCACCAGUGGCUAAAAUUAGGAAAGAGCUUACGACAUGGAUUUGAACGACUUGCAAAUAAGCCAGAUAAUUUUGCAUUCGCUGUACGCACUGAUCUGGCUGACCUACUGGAUGGCAUCGGCACCACUCUCAUCAACUCGACUAAACACCAAACGGCUAAAACCACGUAUGACUUCCGCCAAAUACCACCGAAAUUAUUAAAUCAAUCUGGGUCAACCAGCUCGGGUAUAUUGAGACCGAAAGUGACCACCCUUAUACGGGCCAAUGUGUGCACUCGGCUGAACAUUGUCCGUCGAGAAUACCACGAUGAAGACGUCUAUGAGAUGCUGCUGCACGACUACUCCCCGGUGGUGGUGUACGUGAGGUCCAGUUCCCAGUCGUUUCAGACAUACUCCGGGGGUAUACUCGAUGCGAACGACUGCGGAGGUCCUGUGGAUCACUCGCUACUGUUUGUGGGGUAUGGCGUGGAAAAUGGUACCCAAUAUUGGAUCGCUAGGAAUAGUUGGGGCGCUGAAUGGGGUGAAAAUGGUUAUAUACGUAUAGUAAGGGGUAAAAGUAUGUGCGGUGUUGGUGAUGGUGGUUAUGUGGCUGUAAGUGAAAACUGA